CAUUUGGAUACUUCGACGUAAUUUGUCAGUGUGUUAAUUUGAAUCUUGUUUUCGACUGAAAUAAUGCUGGAAUUCAAUAAAACCUUCCAAUUAGGAGUAUGUUUAACAUUCUAUAAUUUAGAGUGUUGGUAGAAACUAAACAGCUGAUAGGAGUUUCGUUGAUAAUGCCUGACUCAUUGCUGAUACACGAUCUUAGGCGAUUGGAGUCUAAUUGAAUGUUACACAGCCUAUAAAUGCAGUAUUUCUUUGUAUUCGAUUGAACACAGCUCAAGACCUUAUUGUCUGAAUUUUAAAGUUUCCACAAACGUCAGCAUUUUCACAUAUUCAUAAGUGAAGAAAUAAAUUGAUCGAAUAUCAUCGUGACUGAUAUACAUCAACGUGACUUCAAUCCUUGGUGAAUUAAUGAGAAAUGAAUUUGACAAUUGGGUUGGUUGUUUUAUCUUUGUUUUCUGUCGCAAUAGGCAAUGUUAUUUACUAUCAACCUGAAGCUGUACAUUUAUCCUAUGGAGAUACUAUUCAUGACAUUGUCGUAACAUGGACGACAAGAAACAAUACUCACGAAUCAAUCGUUGAAUAUGGAAUAGGAGGAUUAAUCCUUACAGCUCAAGGAAAUUCUACUUUAUUUAUUGAUGGUGGAAAUGAAAAACAAAAACAAUAUAUUCAUAGAGUAUGGUUAAAAAAUUUAGAACCUAAUUCUAAUUACCUUUAUCACUGUGGUAGCAAAUAUGGAUGGUCCAAUAUAUUUUAUCUAAAAACUGCUCCCGAGGUAUCAGCAAAAUGGUCACCUCACAUUGUUAUUUUUGGCGAUAUGGGUAAUGAAAAUGCUCAAAGUUUACCUAGAUUGCAAGAAGAAGCACAACGUGGACUAUAUGAUGCAGCAAUUCAUAUUGGAGAUUUUGCAUAUGACAUGAAUACAGAUAAUGCACGUGUUGGAGAUGAAUUUAUGAAGCAAAUACAAGAAGUGGCUGCGUAUUUACCAUAUAUGACAGUACCUGGUAAUCAUGAAGAGAAAUAUAACUUCAGUAAUUACAGGUCACGUUUUACAAUGCCUGGUAAUUCUGAAGGUUUAUGGUAUAGCUUUAAUGUAGGACCAGUUCACUUCAUAGGAAUUGAAACAGAAGCUUAUUACUUUAUGAAUUAUGGUAUAAAGCAACUUGUUAAACAGUAUAACUGGUUAGAAGAAGAUUUAACAGAAGCAAACAUGCCAAAGAAUAGGGCACAAAGACCAUGGAUAGUUGUAUUUGGUCACAGACCAAUGUAUUGCAGCAAUGCUAAUGCCGAUGACUGCACCAAUCAUCAAAGUUUAAUAAGAGUUGGAUUGCCAAUUAUAAAUUGGUUUGGUCUCGAGGAUCUUUUCUUUAAGUACAAAGUAGAUUUAUUAUUAUGGGCUCAUGAACAUAGUUAUGAACGUUUGUGGCCCAUAUACAAUUUUAAGGUACAAAAUGGUAGUUAUGAAAAUCCGUACAAAAACUACAAGGCACCUGUGCAUGUAGUAACUGGAUCAGCAGGAUGUAAAGAAGGCCGCGAAAAGUUCAUUCCGCAUAAACCAGAAUGGUCUGCGUACCGUAGUUCUGAUUAUGGAUAUACCAGGAUGAAAGCAUAUAAUCAGACUCAUCUUUAUCUCGAACAGGUAUCCGAUGACAAAGAAGGAGCAGUUUUGGAUCAUGUUUGGCUCAUAAAGGAUAAUGUCUUACCAUCGUACAAUGUGGAUCUUCUUGCAAAUAAAAUAUAAAACAUGGAACAUAAGAUAUAAUUUAGGACAAAGUAAUUAAAACGAUAUACAGACAUAACUUUUAUCGUUUAUCUUUUUCGACAAUGUAUCAUGCUCUUUUGUGGUAAAUAGCAAAACUGCGUAUCUACCAACUU